ACACACACACACACACACACACACACAAACGCAAGCAAUCACUGUGCAAUCCAUCAGUUCUAACUAGAAACUCCUAAGAAAAAUGGGAACACAAACAAGAAUCCAUGAAGUACCAACCACCACCAAAGGCCACCUUCAACCAACUACUCCGGCGGACCGGACAUCAACAGCAUGGGACAUGGCCAGUCUCUGGAUUGGCCUCAUCUUCGGUGUGCCAUCCUACUACAUCGCCGGCAGCCUCGUCGAAGAAGGUAUGACAUGGUGGCAAGGUAUUAUCAUUGUAGUCUUCGCCAAGAUCAUCCUUCUUUUCCCUCUCCUACUCACCAGUCAUCCAGGGACUCGCUACGGCAUUCCUUUCCCGGUGUUAGCUCGCUCUUCUUUUGGGAUCUAUGGUGCUCAUCUUCCUUCAUUUCUCCGAGCUCUAGUUGCCUGCGGAUGGUUCGGUAUUGAAACUUGGAUUGGUGGACAAGCAAUUUACCUUCUUUUACCGGAAUUCAUAAAAGAGUGGGCGUUUGCUCAAACUCUAGAUUGGCUUGGCACAUCUCCAGCUGAGUUAAUCUGUUAUGUUAUAUUCUGGGGCAUUCAACUCCUUCUUUUGCUUAACGGAAUGAAAGGGAUCAAGAAACUGGAACGGUACUCAGCUCCAAUUCUUGUUCUUCUUGCUUUCCUUCUUUUCACAUGGGCUUAUUUGAAAGCAGGUGGUUUUGGUCCUAUGCUUUCUCAACCUUCUCAGCUAACUCCAUCACAGUUUUGGUAUCUCUUCUUUCCAUCUCUAACUGCCAACGUCGGUAGUUGGGCUGCAGUGGCAUUAACCAUCCCCGACUUCACUCGCUACGCCAAAAGUCAACGUGACCAAGUCCUAGGCCAAUUCAUCAUCCCAAUUGUCAUGGGUUGCUUCUCAUUCAUUGGCCUUGCUGUCACCUCCUCCACAGAGGUCAUCUUCGGUUACCCCAUUUCCAAUCCCAUCACUCUGCUUUCCAAAAUCAGUAACUCUUUUACAGUCAUACUUUUCAUCCCUGCCAUCACUCUUGUCAUAGUCACAACCAACAUCCCGGCCAACAUUGUUGCUCCGGCGAACUUUUUGGUGAGCCUCAACCCCAGAUUCUUCACUUUUCAAAAAGCAGCUUUUCUCACUUCCCUUUUCAGCCUUGUCUUCCAACCAUGGAAGAUCUUCAGCAACGCUGAUAGCUUCGUUUACACUUGGCUCAUCAGCUACGCGGCCAUCAUAGGUCCUGUUUGCAGUAUAAUCCUAACUGAUUACUACAUCAUUCGUCGCACCAUAUUAAACGUGGAUGGACUCUAUUCACUCAACCACACAAGCGAGUACUAUUACUGCAAAGGAUGGAACUUGGUAGCUGUAUCCAGUUUAGUCAUUGCUGUUGCGCCAAUUGUUCCGGGCUUUGUCCAUAAACUUGGGAUAUUGAAAACUUUGCCAGAGGCUUUGAUUUUCAUAUACAAUGUAGGGUGGUUCUUUGGGUUCUUCAUGGCUGCUUUCUUGUAUGGGAUACUGUCCCUUCGUUUGGGUCCUAAGUUUAGGGUUGGUGUUCCCUCAUCAUCGUCUUCUUUGCAUGAUCCACUUUUCUGAAAGGAAAACAACUUUACAAGUGUUGAUAAAUGAAUGGAAGGACUGAAGUAACAGUUACGGCCAUUUGGUGAUUUGCGGUGGUAUACUUGCACCAGCAAAAUCUUUUUCCACAGUCUUUCCCUGUAAAGUGUUUUUUUUUAAAAUUACAUUACAAUGUUUGUUAUAUUCCUAGAAAAUUAUAAUCUAAACACAUGCAAAGUUAAUUCA